CAUUUGCCAGUUUUCCUUUCAAACGGUAAAAAUUGCUCCCAUCACCAUUAACCACAUCACCGAUAAUAUCCCUUUCAAAAUGCGCGUUAAAGUUGGCAAACGGUUAUGGCUGCGCAAAAGGCGUUCAAAAAGGCCGGAUAAUUAUCCACUACCAAGCGAAGUUACAGAAGGUGCCUUACAAGUCUGGCGUGCACUGCCAGAACGUAUCAGACAGGAUCCAAGUUUAGCAUCAUUUCGCCAGGAGCAUGAACGAUUACAUGGCUAUGAACCUGCCGAUGUUGAUCCAUUGCCCAACGAUGAUGCCGAUGAUCAUGACCACAACAAUGGCAAAAUUGGAGACGGUGGCGUACACUUCGUACGUGGCGGCAGCGGUCAAAAUAAAAAUUCAAAUGCAUUUUCACAAAUCGGCAUUAAUGUCACAAACGAAAUGGGACAAGUUCGUAUUUUAGACGGACGUGAUGUGGAAAACAACAACGAAGAUCAACAGGAUGAGACGGAGCAUCAUGGCCAUUCGAAGAUUAAAAAAUAUUUGGUAUGGUUCAAAAUAGCUAUUCUGCUGGUUGUGUGGGGUGUAUUUACGGCAUUUUUAAUGUCCAACAAUGAACAUGUGGAAGAACUGAAACUGAUAAGUGUGCCGAAAAAUGGCACCGAGAGAGUAUUCCCCAUCACAACCGCCGAACUUAGCCGAAUAGGUCUUAGCUUAACAGGAGCCUUCCGCCUGCAGGAAGCCGAAACGGUACAAGACCCACACCAACGACCACCGCCUCUGCUGGAAAUCUAUGUGGAACGCAUCUAUUACAAUGAGUCUGGUGAGAGGGCUUAUGAUGAAAUUGUUUCGAAAAUCUGGAAACUUGACCUGGUAUAUCCGGAAUUCUUGGAUACAACACGUGAAACACACAAAGCCCAUCAAUUCCAAUUGAAACCACUCGAAGGUGACUAUGCCAAUAAUACAAAUUUGACGGAACUGUCACUGCACUUUGUGUCGAAUAUCGAUGCCGAGUUGCCGCUACAGCUGAGCAUUGACGAAUCACCGAUUUAUAAAAAAGAAGGUGUAAUAUAUGCAGCCGUGGUUCUGUGUGGUCUCUAUGUUAUGAUCAUUUGGGAAAUUGUAAAUCGCACCUUUGCUGCCAUCAUUGCCUCCACCCUGUCGGUGGGUAUUUUGGCUGCAUUGAACUCACGCCCCUCUAUGGUCACCAUCAUGGGCUGGAUCGAUGUGGAAACGUUACUGCUCUUAUUUGGUAUGAUGAUUUUGGUGGCCAUUCUUUCGGAGACAGGAGUUUUUGAUUACUUGGCUGUGUAUGCUUAUAAGAUUACCAAUGGACAUGUUUGGCCCCUGAUUAAUUGUUUGUGUCUGUUCACCGCCAUCUUAUCUUCUUUUCUGGAUAAUGUAACCACGGUCCUGCUGAUGACUCCCGUUACCAUACGUCUUUGUGAGGUUAUGUCCCUAAAUCCCGUACCCAUACUAAUGUGUAUGGUUAUCUACUCGAAUAUUGGUGGUGCCUUGACCCCAGUUGGUGAUCCACCAAAUGUUAUUAUUGCCUCCAAUAGUUUCAUUUCGAAAAAUGGCGUCAACUUUGCCAUCUUCACCCUUCACAUGCUGCCUGGUGUGGCAUUGGUCAUGUUCACAUCCUAUAUACAAUUGCGCUACAAAUUCCGCAAUAUCAGUGAUUUGCAAUUCAAAGAAUCACCCGAAGUAGAAGAACUCAGGCAUGAGAUCCAUGUAUGGAAGAGAGCUGCUGCCAGUUUGUCUUCAUAUUCCAAAGAUGAAGAAUUGGUGCGUCAGACUCUGAUGAAGAAAGUGAAUCGUUUGAAACGAUCACUGAAAAAGAAAAUGGCCACAGCUGUGGAACCAGCCAUUAAUUAUCAACAAACUUUAGAGAGUUUGCAAGCAAAGUAUCCCAUACGCAACAAACCUUUGCUCAUCAAAUGCUCUUGUGCCUUGGUGUUUGUGAUAAGUCUGUUCUUCUUACAUUCGGUUCCUGAGUUGCAACGUCUCUCCCUGGGGUGGACUGCCCUGUUGGGUGCCAUAUUCCUUAUAAUAUUGGCCGACAUUGAGGAUAUGGAAGCCAUAUUGGCUCGUGUCGAAUGGUCAACACUUUUAUUCUUUGCCGCUCUAUUUAUUUUGAUGGAGGCCCUUUCUGAAUUGGGUCUUAUCGAAUGGAUUGGCAAUAUGACAGAGAAUAUUAUUUUAGGUGUUGGCGAGGAGUCGCGUUUAAUGGUGGCUGUGUUAAUUAUUUUAUGGGUUUCCGCUAUAGCCUCGGCCUUCGUAGACAAUAUACCAUUGACCACAAUGAUGGUCAAAAUUACCAUAUCAUUAGCUCAAAAUAAUACCUUAAAUUUGCCACUACAGCCAUUGGUUUGGGCUCUGGCAUUUGGAGCAUGUCUGGGAGGCAAUGGUACUCUCAUUGGUGCUUCAGCAAAUGUUGUUUGUGCCGGUGUUGCUGAGCAACACGGUUACAAAUUUACUUUCUUACAAUUCUUUAAAGUUGGUUUUCCCGUAAUGAUCGGUAGCAUUAUCGUAUCCACAGGAUAUCUGUUAGUUAGUCAUGUUCUAUUCGCAUGGCAUUGAUGAAUGGCCUAAACGGAGAAGA